ACAAUUUUUACCGGGUUUAUUACACAAAUACGCGCCAUGAUCGUUGCUAUGAUACGUCAACAAUACCAUCGAUAUCUUGUCUGUUUUCAUACAAUCGGUUUUCACGUCACAUUAGGUGACAGCACCCAUAAAACGAUAUGGAAUCAAAAUGGCACUUACUUCCCGGCCAAACCUUGGAAAAUACAAAAAUCGCAGAACGGGCCCACGCUUUACACGUCACCGAAUCUGCUUGGAAUGGGAUCACGAGACACCUUGACCGACGAAAAAUUUUACAAGAAAAUUUAGAAAGAGAGAAGGCGAUUAAAAAAUACCUGGAGGAGGGAUCCAAGCAAAUGACUAAAGGAUGGGAAAACUCGUUACAAAAUAUGAGGAAAAGAAAAGAAGAAGAACGUCAGAAAACAAUAGCGCAUAAAAAAGACGACCGAGAGCAGAAAUUUUUAGCGAUGAUGAAGGAACAAGAUCAGAUUAGGAAGCAAUAUACAGAGAAAGUCAAGAAACAAAUAUUUAUGUCAACUGGUGAUGCCAGAGAGCUAACUAGUGCACUUAUCACUAGCGAGAUUCUAUUUGAAAGAGAAAAACAAAUUGAGUUGCAAAAUAAAAUUGAGCGUCAUGAAAGGGAGGAAGGAAGAAAAUAUGACGAAAAAAUACAUUUAGAAGCGGAAAUCGAGGCUAACGCGAAAAAGGAACAAGAAAUAAAACAAAAGGAGAAGAAUAAAGCACAUGGAGAAAUGCUGAAAUCCAUGGUGGACGAAAAACUAAAUCUUGCAAAAAAUAUGAGAGAUGAGCGAGUCAAGCAAGAGGCGCUAGAAAACGAAGCAGCCUUCGAAGAAACUAAAAUGCUCGAAGAUUUGAAUACCAAGGAAAAAAUGGCUAGGAAGAAGAAGUUACACCUAGAAAGAAAAUUACUGCUGGAAAAGGAAUCGGAAAAGAAAAAACAGAUGGCUAUUGAAGACAAAGAGUUGGAUGAGGUGGUCAAGAUUUAUAGGGAUGCAAAACAUCGCAUCGAGUGCAUGAAGAAAGAGAAGGAAAAACAAUUGCAAGAAACAAUACUGAAAAGAAGAGAAAAAGUGGUGAAGUUAGUAUAUGCUGCAGAAAAGGAUAGAAGUGAAGCAGAAGAGAAAGCGAUUCAGUCUGCUAUUAAGCAAAUGGAAGGGAAGGAAAUGGAGAUUGUGAAAGCGAGGGCAGAGUUUGAAAAAAAACUCAGAGAAGAUCAAAUUAAAAAUCGUCUAGAAGUUUUAGAGAGGGAAAAAGUGCGACUUGCAAAAGAGAGAGAACUCAAAAAAUGGGAAAUGCUGAACAGAUACAAAUGUGAUGAGAUGAUGAAAAAGUACGACCAAGCUCAGCAAAGAGAGAAGUGGGAACAAGUUUUGAAUUAUAGAAAAGAACUUAUGGAACAAAUGGCUGCAGAAAGAGCAUCCAAGGCUGAGGAACUGGAAUUAGAGCAAGCUUUUGACAAAAUGAUUUCUAGUGAGGACGAUAGAUUCUUUGAGUACGCCCGUGAAGUAAUAGAAAUAGCUAAAAGUAAAGGUCGAUGCACGAUUCCCAUCGAAGUAGUUAUAGCGAAAUACGAGAAACGAAAUAAUAUUUCUAACAUGAACCUAGACACCGUUCUGAACAAUAGCAGUGCAGAUCCGGUGUUAAAAAAUACCCUAAGAAGCUUGAAGAAGAAAACUUGUAGAUGUUGCAGAGAUUGCGAUUAAAUGAAUGAUUUGCAGUUGGUUUUUUACGACUUGAAUUUUUUUUGCAGGUGGUUGAACAACAAACUCCAAUGUUGGAAUUAAUA